AUGGAAGCGCGCCACGGGGCAUUGGAAGCGGUUCCGAUUACAUCCUACACUAUAGUGGUCGAUGAUGAUGGAGACAAGAAUGAUAUUCUUAGACAAAAAAGAGUUGUCGAGAAGCAGUAUAUCUACGACUUCGCGUUUGGCGAAGAUUCAACUCAGGAAGAGGUUUACUCGUCUACUACGAGAGGACUUGUCCGUGACGUCCUGCUUGGCUACAAUGCUACGGUGUUCGCUUAUGGAGCCACAGGAGCAGGAAAGACACAUACCAUGGUCGGGAACCAGACAAACCCUGGUAUCAUGGUACGAGCGCUCAAUGAUCUCUUUAACAGCAUUAAAGGCCAGCAAGAUGUAUUUCAGGUAAAACUUUCUUACCUUGAACUUUACAAUGAAAACAUUAGAGAUCUUCUCAACCCUAGCUCAGGGUUCCUUGAGUUACGAGAGGACCACUCAGGCAAAAACGCUACUGUGGCUGGGCUUACAGAAAUUGAAGCUAGCUCAACUGAAGAAGUAAUGGGACUUCUUCUUAGAGGUAACAGGGAAAGAACAAUAGAGCCUACCGCAGCUAACAAAACUUCUUCCAGAAGCCAUGCUCUUUUAAGUGUCACAGUUACCAGGAUAGUUGGUGAAGAAAGAAGGCUAGGGAAGCUUUACAUGCUUGAUCUUGCAGGAAGUGAGAGAGCCUCAAAUACAAAGAACCGAGGAAAACGGCUCAUUGAAGGAGCUCAUAUCAACAGAUCAUUGCUGGCACUGGGAAAUGUUAUCAACGCUUUGAGCUAUGGCUCAGGAGGUCGUUAUGUCAACUACAGAGACUCGAAACUCACCAGACUUCUAAGGCAGGCUCUGUCUGGCAACUGUCGGACAGUUAUGGUUGGACAUGUUUCACCAGCCUCUGCACACAGGGAUGAAACAAGAAAUACAUUACUGUAUGCAGCCAGAGCUUCCAGAAUAACUAACAAAGUUGAAAAAAAUGAAAUAGAUGUAUCAUUUCAAGUAUCACAAUACCGUGAUAUCAUAUCUGAUCUGAGAUCGGAAAUAAGUAGACUUAAGAGUAAGAUGGUUGAAGAUCGGCCAACCUCAGCAGAACUACGAAGUGGCAGGUCAACUGGCACACCUGUUAAGCAGUUGAGAGAGCAGAUCAUUGCAACAUUUCGGGAGCAGAUGAAACUGAGGCGAAGGCUAAUGGAUAUUGAUGGACACUUAAUGUCACUGGGUGUUGAAGCAGAGCGGCAGCAUCAAAUAAUAUCUCAAUGGGAAGCAAGGAGAACUAAGUUAUACACCAGAAGUGGUCGUCCAGGGACUACAAGCAGUAAUGCUGGGGAUGAUUUCUCCGAAGUUAGUGUGCACCAAGCAUGGUCUGAGCUUAGCUAUAUUGAACGAGAGCAGGAAAGAUAUGUGGCAUUAAGAUCAGCAACACUUAAAGAACUGGAUGCUUGUCGGCAAACAGCAGUAGCUCUUGAAAACGAUCUUCCCGAGCAACUAGAUUCUGAAACAGAAAGAGAAAUGUUGAGUUUGCUGAUCAGAGUACAUGAGUUGGAAGCAGACAAAGUAGCUUUACAGGGAGAAAGGCUGGUCGAGUCUCAUGAGCUAAGAAGGAGAGGUGAUAUGUUACAACGCUUCCACAGGCAGCAAAGACUUACAGAUGAAAUAAUUACCAGGCAGAGGCAUCUUAUAGAAGAUGGUAAAAUUCCUCUUCCUUCAGAGCUCCAAGAGUUAUAUACUUUAUAUCAGCAAGAAAUACAUGCAACAACGUUUAGUACAGAUACUGCUGGUAUUCCGUAUUCAGUCUAUGACACUUUACCUCCUAUCAAAGAAUCUGAACCAUUGUUCAAAAGAAAUGGUGAAAGGGGUUAUACAGGAAUAGCUUUGGAGAGGUUGACUAAUACAGCAGAUUCAGAGUUUGGAGGCAGAGCAUCUACCGGAGGAUCAACCUCCACAACAGAAUGGGAUAAUUCCUUACCUCGGUUAAAUACAAGUUCAUCAUCUACUCACAACCAGAGGCCAGCUAAUACCUCAACACCUCCACCAGUGCUGUUUCCUCCUAUUAGUAAAAGCUAAUGAUGGUUAAUUUAUGAGAAUCAUGUAUCUCUAAUCAUUGAAUGUAGAAAUAUGUAAAUAUAAUUAGUGUUUUUUAAGAAAUAAAAAGUACAAAUAUUAGUAUGUAUUAUGUAAUUAAUAUUUGUAUAAAUGAUUACAAAUAACAUAAAUUUAAUUAUAUUGAUUCAAAUGUGAAUUUUUUUAAAACUUUUUUUUUACAUCCACGUCUGUCUUAUAUUACAUUGACAAUGAGUGUAUUGUCUGUCAAAAUCACUAAUUAGAAUAAUGGGCUGUCAGGCAUGAGAAAGGGGAAAAAUACCCAGCAGUACCUUCACACUUAAAGAAAAAUUUGGAAAAUUUUAAUGUGGUUUUCAUAAAUGUUUUUCCAGAAUUAUUUGAUUUGUUUUUUCUAAAGUAAAAAAUAAACACAUUAAUGUAUUUAAUAAAUAUAUACAACAGAUUUUUUUUAUCCACAAUUUUCUCCUUGAUUGUGGAUUAGAAUUUAAAUAGUGAUUCUAGAUAUUGAAUUACUUAUAUGCAUAAAUAAAGGAGUUUGAAUUUCAUCAUCAUUCAUGGCGCUACAACUCCUGUAGAGUCAAGGCCUCCUGCAAGUCAAGGACUGCUCUCCAAUUGCGGAUUUCCAAGAUGGACUUGCAUCCGCUGCCACCCCAUCAAUCCAUCAGUUUGAAUUAGCUAGUUUAUUUAUUUGGUGUAUUAAAAAGUAUGUUUACUUUAUUGAAAUUUUGAAUUAUCUUUCUUCAGAUUUUUUAACGAAAAAAUCAUACCCAUAAGGAAACAUGAUUAGUAACAAAAAAUAUAUCCAAAGAAGCUUAUGGCUAUAAAUAUUUCAGAAUCAGAUUAUCAGUUGGCAUAACGACAAGCCUCCAUAUAGAGAAUUGUAUUUUCAGAAUGAUAUUUUGGAAUAUUGUCAACUGAUACUUUUGUGCUGUUAAUUUUUUUUGUACGUUUCUUAAAUAAAUUUAUUAAAUUUUCUUGUCUUUAUAAAGUGUUUAAUGACUUUUUUAUUUUUACAUACAGUUGUAAGAAAAGAAAAAAAAGUCCAAAAUAUGAUUUACUGGCAAAACACAAGGGUGAAAUUUUUUAAACUUUGUUGGAACAUUUAAUGAUAAUUAUGUUGCUAAAACCUGAAAUAAAUAAUGUACAAACUGGUUAUUUGUACCAUACAUUUUGUAGAUUUUUAUCUUUUAAAAUUUUUUCUGGUACUUAAUAGUUUUUAUUUUUUUCUCAAAAUGAUGAAAAUUUAAUUUGAUUCAUUUAUGAAGUAACCAAUCAACUCAGAAUAUAAAAAGAUAUUUCAGUUUUAUAAAGAAAUUAAGUAAAUAUUCUGGUAAAGUGUCAUUAAUAAAUAUGCUUUGGUGUCUGAAACCUUAGAAAUAAGUAUCAUUUAAUUUUUUGUUUGUAUUUAGACUUUAAUUUAUGUAGGCAGUUACCUAAAUAUUUAUUUUUAUUGAAUUGCAGUAUAGUAAAAAGAAAAAACUGAAAACUUUUUAUUUAUUUUCAUAAUUAUAGAACAAUUCCAAAACGUUUUAAAUCUACAUUCUAAUGGGUACAAAAUUAAAUAGAUCAUAUAAAUGAUAAACUUGUAUAAGUUAUUAUCAUUCAAGGCUUUAUAUACUAUAGGUAAAUCAGAUAAUUCUGAUUAUUUAGUUACCAUUGAACUUAAUAAUACCACACUAAUUUAUCGUAUCAAUAGUUGUAUAUAAUAUAAAAAUAAUCAAACUAAUAACAGUAAUCCUAAUUAAAAUCGUAAUACAAAUAUUAAUGUCUUUCAUAGUAGUAUUUUAGGAAGUAAAAUAUAAACAUAAAUUAAAAAUCCAUUAUAAAAACAAAUCUAAAAUGCAGAGGCCUGCAUUCCAGCUACACCUUAUGUCAAACUUCUUUCCAUAUACCCAAAUUAAAAUAACAAGCUACAGUAGAACAUAUCACAAAGUUUCAUAUGGAGGAUGAAUGAUGCAUUAAAACACUCCAAUUCUGUUCUAAUCAUGAAGUAAUAUAUAUAUCAUUACAAAUAUAUUGCAAAUUUAUUUGUAAUGAUCAUGUGGAAAUCUUAUUUAAUAAGUCUUAUAGUUGGGCAGAGAUCUCACAUUUGAUCCCAUUAAAAAAAAGUUGACAUAACUUACAAAAGGCUAAGUUAUACUUAAAUGAAUUACUUAAUGCAUUUUGAGCCAAACAAAUUUAUAAUAAGUCUAUACAUCUUGUGAAUUUUUUUUAUCACAUUAUAAAAAAAAUUUGACAUUAAAUAAUUGAAGGAGUGUUUUAUCGUCCAAUAAUUGUUGGCUCGUCUGCGAGAGCAAUUUCUUCAGUUGGUGCUUUGUCACCUUUCCUCUUUUUAGAGUAAACUAAGAAGGUAAUAGAAGAAAAAGAAUUGAAGAUAAAUACAACCCAUCCAAGGUAGAAUGAAUACCCAUAAGUGUGAUAGGCUUCUUUUGGAUGCACAACAUUUAAACUUAGUCUCUCAUAAUCUAUUGAAUUAAUUAGCACCUCUAUUACAACCAUCACUGUUGCUCCUGACAUAAAAUGAAUCCCAGCUGCAAGCCUUUUAAACAUGUACCUUGGAUUUCUGAAAGUGUAAAUGGAAAAUAGGAAUCCCAUCACCAUCAAUAUGAAACUUAAAAUGGAAAAAAAUAUUUCAGUUCUCGUAUAAUUAAUAAUGGUUUUAUCUACCCAUAUCCCAGCCUUUAAUUUAUCUUCAGUGGGAAAUACUUCAUGUAGCCAACAAAUUUUUUGGACCGGACUGGACUCGUUUCGCCGAGCAUACCUGCAGAGCCUGAAGAGCCCCGAGGUGCUGUAGAGGAAGUACCUGGCGGUGGCGUUGAUGUAGAGGCCCUCCGGGGUGGGGGCGUGGACCGAGAACCAGCUCUCCGUGCAGACCGCCGUCAGCCAGACCAGGGCGGCCAAUCCCACGAGGCCGGUGCAGCCGCACAGCAUCCUCCUCUCCAGGACCAGCGCCUUCCUCUUCGCCGCCAUCGAGGCUGUCUCCACCAUCUCCCCGUC